AUGGGGAAGGGAACAGGGAGUUUUGGUAAGAGGAGGAACAAGACCCACACCCUCUGCGUGAGGUGUGGACGUCGCAGCUUCCACUUGCAGAAGAGUCGCUGCUCGGCUUGUGCCUUUCCUGCUGCUCGCAAGAGGAAGUACAACUGGAGUGUUAAGGCCAUCCGAAGGAAGACCACUGGAACUGGAAGGAUGAGGUAUCUGCGCAAUGUUCCUCGCAGAUUCAAGAGUGGCUUCAGAGAAGGUACUGAAGCUGCACCAAGGAAGAAGGGAGCAGCAGCAACUGCUUAA